AAAAGUCUAGCUAGCUGUAUGUAUGGGGUCUCUUCACUAAAGCAGUGAAUGUAGAGAUUGGACAUUACUAGUAUUAAUCAUUCUAACCACCAGCUAGUCAAGAAGAGCAAAGCUGCACAACACCAGCAAAUAUAUCUGCUAGUUGGCCAGGGGGCGUAGCUAUUUGGAAUUAUGCAUGAUAAGAAGAAGAUGAAGCAUGACAUCAUUAUGCUCAUGAUCUUGGUUCUCUGCUUGAUCUGCAUAACAUCACUCGAAGUUGAAGCAAAAUGUUCGCCUCUUCCGCCUACUGAAGUGGAAGCACUAAAAGAAAUUGGUAAGGAAUUGGGGAAAAGGGACUGGAACUUUGAAGAAGACCCAUGUAGCAAUAAGUCAAGUUGGGCCAGCCCAUUCGACACAAAGUCUGAGGAUUGGCCUUCAUCCAUGAACAAUGUCACUUGCAGCUGCUCCUUCCCUGAUGAAACAUACCACGUUAUCAGCAUAAUUCUUCAAGGACAAGAUUUACCUGGUGUACUUCCACCAUCUAUUGCGAGGUUACCCUACCUGACAACUCUUGAUUUGAAUAGGAACUACCUCACUGGUGAGAUACCGCGUCAAUGGGCUUCUACAAAGCUGGAACAUCUGUCUGUUUCGGUGAACAAUUUACCGGCCGGAUCAAUCCCUAGCUACUUGGGAAAUAUUACCACUCUACAGUAUCUGAGCCUAGAGACUAACCGGUUUUCUGGAACUGUUCCUUCUGAGCUUGGUAAUUUGGUUAACUUAACGACUCUCGUUCUUAGUGCAAACAAUCUCACCGGAGAGUUGCCUAUGGCUUUGACUAAUCUGACUAAAUUGAUUGAACUAAGGAUAAGCAGUAACAGCUUUACUGGAACAAUAGCUCCCGAGUUUUUUCAAAGUUGGAAUCACCUACAGAAAUUAGAGAUCCAAGCUAGUGGUUUAGAAGGGCCCAUUCCAUCUAGCAUUUCUAUGUUGAAAAAAUUAACAGAGCUAAGGAUCAGUGACUUAAAUGGAAAGGGGUCAGAAUUUCCACUCUUGAAUGAAACUACGAACUUGACAAGAUUAAUGCUGAGGAGCUGUAAUUUAUCUGGACGUAUUCCUGAUUACAUAUCUGCAGUGAAGUCAUUGAAGAUGUUGGAUCUCAGCUUCAACAGAUUGGUUGGAAGAAUUCCUGAAUUUAAAAGCGUACAGUACUUGUAUUUGACAAACAACUUGCUCACUGGGCCUAUUCCAGACUGGAUCAAUAGCAGAGAUUGGCGCUACUUUAUAGAUAUUUCUUACAAUAAUUUUUCUGAGAUCUCUGCACAGCUACAGUCUUGUACAGGAACCCUGAACUCCUUUAAAAGUUUUACUGCACGAGACAACUUAUUAUCAGAAGAGUGUCUGAAGAAAUAUCCUUGUGGCAAAGAUCACUACUCAUUGCAUAUAAAUUGUGGUGGAGAAGCAACCACUAUUAGAGGAACCAAAUUUGAAGAGGAUGCAGACCUAGGAGGUCCAGCAAAAUUCUUCUCUGUGAAUAUCUGGGGGUUCAGUAGCACUGGACAGUUCUGGGAUAAGAACCCUACACCUCAAGAUUACAUAGCAAAGAAUGCAUCUUUACUCACAAUGGAGAACUCUGAGUUGUACACAAAUGCACGCCUCUCUCCUCUCUCUCUUACAUACUAUGCACGCUGCCUUGGGAACGGAAUCUAUAAUGUGAAGCUUCACUUUGUAGAGAUAAUAAUCAGAGGCAAUGCAUCUUUUUACAGUCUUGGGAGACGGGUAUUUGAUGUUUAUAUUCAGGAGCAACUGGUGCUCAAGGAGUUUGACAUUGCAAAGGAAGCACAAGGGACUGAUAAGGAGGUCAUUAAGAAAUUCAAAGCAGUUGUUAAGAAUAAAACACUAGAGAUCCGAUUUCAUUGGUCAGGGAAAGGGACAACAGGUUCCCCACAUAAAGGAACAUAUGGUCCCCUUAUAUCAGCUAUCUCAAUAAAUUCUGACUUCAGGCCUCCUCUUGGUAGAGAAACAAAGGCACUUAUUGUGGUUGGAGCUUCAGUUUUGUGCCUUGCUUUAUUGAUUUUAGGCAUUCUUUGGUGGCAAGGCUGUCUGAACAGCAAGACAUUAAGGGAAAGAGCUCUGAGAGGACUCGACCUGCAAACUGGCUUUUUCACCUUCAAGCAAAUCAAAGCUGCCACUAACAACUUUGAUCCAACAAACAAAAUUGGAGAAGGUGGUUUUGGGCCUGUCUACAAGGGUAUAUUAAGUGAUGGUACUAUAAUUGCAGUUAAGCAACUAUCUUCAAAAUCAAAGCAGGGAAAUCGUGAAUUUGUGAACGAAAUAGGCAUGAUUUCUUGUUUGCAGCACCCAAAUCUGGUUAGAUUGUAUGGUUGUUGUAUUGAAGCAAACCAAUUACUGUUGGUAUAUGAGUACAUGGAAAACAAUAGCCUUGCACGCGCUUUGUUCGGUCCAGAGGAUGGUCCCCUAAAAUUGAACUGGCGUACAAGGCAGAAAAUAUGCCUAGGCAUAGCAAAAGGUCUGGCUUAUUUGCAUGAGGAAUCGGCAGUGAAGGUUGUACAUAGAGACAUCAAAACUACGAAUGUGUUAUUGGACCAAGACCUCAAUGCAAAGAUAUCGGACUUCGGUUUGGCCAAGCUUGAUGAAGAAGAGAAAAGUCACAUAAGCACCAGGAUUGCUGGAACUAUAGGAUACAUGGCGCCAGAAUAUGCCCUGUGGGGUUGUUUGACCUAUAAAGCAGAUGUCUACAGUUUUGGAGUUGUUGCAUUAGAAACUGUUGCAGGAAAGAACAACAUGAAAUAUCGACCCAAUGAAAAUAUUCAAUGUCUUAUGGAUUGGGCCCUUGUUUUGCAACAAAAAGGGAACUUACUGGAGCUGGUGGAUCCGAGGUUGGGGUCCGAUUUCAGUAAGAAAGAGGCGAUUAGAACAAUCAAAGUAGCUCUAUUAUGCGCCAAUCCAACAGCUGCACUUAGGCCUAUCAUGUCUGAAGUAGUGAGUAUGCUUGAAGGGCGGACCCCCGUGGAUGCAGUGGUUCUGGAUCCAAGCAUCCAUGGUGAUGAAAUGACGAGGUUAAGAGCCUUUGAAGACCAGUUUGAUCACAUUACUGCACAAGGGAGCUCCCCAAGUGGAAGUCAUAGCCUCAUGCGUUCAUUAGAUGGACCAUGGACCGGUUCUUCAGUUACUACUACGUCUUCAGAUCUCUAUAAAUGUAGUCUUUAGUUCAUAGUAAUGCGAAAUUAGUGUCACUAGUGUUGAAGGAAAAUCAACUUAGUGUGCGUUAUCAAACUAGGAGUAGUAAUAGGAGAGAAUGUUCUACAAUUCCUAAUCCUAGACGGAUUAGUAUUCCUUGUAACAUUAGAAUAUGUACUUUGUAAUCCCUAUAUAUAAGGCUCCUAUUCUCAAUAAUAAUACACAAUUCUCUCU